CGUCCCGGCCCUGCCGCCCGCCCUUCGUAGGGAGCCUCUUGCAGGGUGUCCUCCAUUGCUUUGUGCACAGGGCCUGGAACGUGUAAACCCUAAGCGUGGGCUGCUGCUCUGAAGGGAUUGAGAAACUUCUAUCCCCGAAGAUGCUCGGGGCAAGUUUGAGUGGCAUGUGACGCAGCAGAGUGGUGACACCGCGCGAAAGCAGCUGGGAGCCGGAGCCUGGGCUGUGCCGAGCCUGGAGCCCUUGUGUCGCUUGCACUCUGCAGAUGGCGUGACUGAGAGCAGCACCUUGUGCUCCCUUGGGCUGCAGUCCACGCCCUAGCAGUAUGGCCUGGGGGAGGGAGGAGGAAAACCCCAUUCUGAAACUCCUGCUCGUUUGUCCUUCAGAGAGUAGACUUUCUUUGCUCAGAAUUCAUGUGGGGCUGCACUGCUGGAGUUAGGCUUGUGUGGGUACGAGUAGUCAUGCAGCAAAGUUAGGACCGAAAUUCCUGUGUCCUGACAAGUGUGGCAUUUGCUCACGUUGUGUCAUGGGGACUCGGGAAGUGUGGGCACUACUCUGUGCUUUGCUGGUUGUUCUCCAGAAAGCUCCUUUGGGGGUCCUGUGAGUAAGGGGAGGCAAUUUGAGGGAGAAGAAUGUGUGACAGAUUUCUUAAAAGUGUGAAUAAUUCUGUAGUAAAAGCAGGUGGGCAGCCAGCCUUUUAACAGCAGCAGAGAGAUGCUCAUCUGAGCUGUCUUCACUUACCUGGUUCGAGAGUUCUCCAGGCUUACCUGGGAGGGUCUUGUUUGGAAGGAGAGAAACCAAGUUUAGGGAAGUUUCUCACGUUUAGGGAAGUCUCUGAGUGAGAAACAAGGCUUGUGCCAGCAAAGCUGCAGGUAGCUCUGUGCUGCCUUGUGAUGCAAACAUGCCUUUGUCUCCAGGUCAGAUUCCUCUUAAGCCUGAACUCUGUCAUUAUUAGGCAUGCUUUUCUGGUGUAGCUUUAUCAGGAAGGCUCCGAGCCGAGCCACUGCUGCUCUUUGUUCUGUGAACAGCUAGCCUAGGUCAGUGGUUCUUGACUUUUUUUUUAUGGUUGAGCCACAGCUGCCCACCUUCUCUUCCCUCUUGUUUGUGUCAUUCUUCCUGCCCCAGCUCCCCCCAGCAUGGUUACUGCUAUCUGGGCACCUUGCUGGUUGGUUCCUGGUCACGCAGGUCAGGGCCGGGAACAGAAUCUGAGCUUGUGGCUUUCCACCAUUGUCCUGUUCUUGAGACAUCAGUACUUCUAAAACUAGUAAAGAUACAUUUGUGAGCAGCAUUAAGGUAUGGGAGUGUGGCUAGUUCUCUGAAUUCAUAUGUAAUUCCAAAGGCAGAGAGGGACCUUUCUGGGCUUCACCUUGAGCCCCACAGAUCACACCUGAGCAGAGCCUCUGGGGUUAACCCAGUACCUGCUCUGUAACUCAUUUCCUUUGACUUCACACAGGCAGUUGUCCUCUCCAUAGCUUAAUUUUGUGGUGGUGCACUGGGAAUAAUCCCUCCCUAUUUUAGUACAGUUCUGUGAAUAUGAAUAUAUAGAAUGGCUUUAGAUGUUUGAAUACUAAAACAGUAAGUGCCAUAAUUACUUUACAAAAGUUGGGACUUCUGGGUACUUAAAAUAUCAAAAGUAAGUUUUCUUUUAAAGGUAUUCAGAUCUCUUUUUAUCUGCCAUUCCUGAUUGUGGUCUGGAAAAUGAGGUUUGUUUUGCUUCCAAAUUGUUAACACAUGUACCUAUAAUGAGUUUCUGUUGGUAGCUUGGAUCAAUAAAUAUCCUGUUUAAUAGCUAAUCCUAUUCAUAAACAGAGUUAAAAAAGACUUAAUUCCUCUUUGUGAAUCCUGGCCUAUUUGUCUGUCAUUAAUGUAAAGCCAGUUAUGUCUUGGUAAUGAAUAGCUUGUGUAUUUUUAACACACAGCCCUUAAUCACGUUGUUUCCUUUAUGAGGAGAGCUGUGAAUGGAUUGAGUCCCAUAGUUCACAUUUGUAGUUCACCCUGGCAGCUGGUCUAUAAAUAACCCUGCAGUGGCAGAGUAGGGGUUUAGAUAUUUGCAUUGCAUGUACUGUCUUGGGUUUAUUUCCUGUGUUUUAAUGAUGGAUGACAGAUGCAGUUCAAUUCUUUAUGGUGCCUGGAGCAUGUCUGGUUUUGUCUUUUAGAAGGAUAAAGGUGAUGUUGGUCCCCACUGUUUGUGCAGAUCAGGCUACUACUAUUAAAGUGAAGAAUAUUUUUCCCUGGUUUAUUUUGUGUAUUUGACAGCAGGCUUUUGGGUAGUAGGCCUCAACAUUUGCUUUGCAAUAUCCAUUGGUUUUCCAUGGGGCCUGUUUUUGUGGAUGAGUUACUAGCAGAAAGAAGGAAAAGAAAUAGCUGAAUGGUUAUGGAGCUACAGGUCUUGGGAAUAUAGGGAGCAGGUGUCAGUUUCCAAACUUGUGAUUAAAAAGGAAAGUAAUACUCGAUUGCUAGGCAACAGCACUCUUUAAAAUUACCUUCACCCUAGGAUGCAGGCAGGGUAGGAAUGGUUUUUAGGAUAUGCGCCACUGAUAAGACCUUGGUCAGAGCUGUUGCAGUGGCCCCUUGAGUGCUCAGACACAGACCUUUUCAGUGCUCCCAUGGCCAUGUUAGUAGUGCAGAUUCAUGCAGACCAUUCUUGUGAAGCACGUUGGUGUUUGUGCUGUAAUGAAAGAGAUCCUUUUCUUGUCCAAAUCUCCUUGUGUUUCUUUGGAGAUACUGUCACCACAUAAGCCUGGGUUGGCAGUGAAAGGAAAAGUCCCAGUCUUGUGUUUUGCCCCCAGCAUUCACGUGGCUGCAGGUUGAGUUGGAUCAGGGAACUGAUCUAGCUGAAAACUGUCUGAUUUACAUAAGUGCUAAAGCCAGCAUAAGGGAGGUGCUGGAAAUGUGUGAUGGGGGGACGCAGAUCUUCCUUUCUUCGUACUAUGUGCCCUGAUGUUCAUUCAAAGUGAGUACGUAAUCCUGCUCUCCUUAUCUGGAAGAUGCCCUUGCUUUAUAUCAGUUCCCUGAGGUGAUCUACUCAUGUGUUCGCACACAUUUGACGAAAAUACUGUAUGUGGCCCAAUUCUGUUAGCUGGGAUGAAGUUUUCCAGAAUUUCUCCAUUCAAAAACAACUAAAAAUUGCAGUAAAUAUAAGUUAGCUCUUUAAUAUCAAGAAAAAAUAGUGAAGGUGAUAGCUUUAGCACUUCAAAAUGGUGCAGUGGAUAAAUAACUUCCAGAGGUUUAUAACUGGUGAAGAGUUCUUUGUUGUGCAGUAUUGGAAUUUGAUGUCAGUCUGUUGCAUUUAAUGUGGUAAGACUGAAGGGCCCUUGAGAAAACUGUUUACCGCAGCAGGUUAUUGUGUACUCAGACUUAUUCAAUGAAGUAGAAAUUGGGUCAUUUUAGUGAAUAUUUGAUUAACAAAUUCUUCACCCCUUUCUGAGUCUUACUCUGAGCUUUUGUCUGAGGUCUGUGCUAACUUUUAACAGAUAUAUGGAGAGGGGCCAAGUGUCUCUGUGAUGCUGAUUUAAAAAAAUUAGUCUAACUAUGAGAUAGAGCCACUGCAGCAGGGUAGGAACUGGGAGAUUUCUCUGCACAGUUCUUUAUCACUGCUUUGGUGCAGCUAUGAGUGGUCAAUGUUAUAUCAAUCUUUGUGUUAGGCCUCUCAUUUGAGGAUAAUGUCCAUUUAAAUACUGCUUUUGCCUAGCAUGAACAACUUGGGAAUUAAUCCUGCUUGAGCAGGAGAUUGGACUGGGUGACCUCCAAAAGUCUCUUCCAAGAUAAAUCCUUGGUCUGGGAUGUAUUAGUGACUAAGUACUAAGCAGUGGUAGUGUUUUGCCUGUCCCAGGGUGUUGUGGGCUGCACUCCUGUAUCACUUGGGCAAUACUGACAGGGCAAUACUCCCAGGCAAGACUACUGGGAAUUCUUGCAAAUUUUCCUGUGCUUGAAGGUUAAGGUGUUACUCUUCCCAUACACCCCUGAGCACUGAAACCUGGGGAGAGCCACCUUCAGAAGCAUACUCGAGUCACAUGCAUUCCCCGUGCCUGUGCUAAGUGCAGCCUUUUUAAGGCCUACUGGUGUGAGGCAACAUGUGCACUGGGAAGGAGAAAAGUGCCAGGAGCGCUGGGGCCGAUGGCUGUCAUCAAUUUAUAGAGGCUCUUUAAUUUUGGCACCACCUCGGAGUGUUCGUGUGGCAGCACCGAGUGUGACAGAGUGAAGGGCCUCUGUGCCCUUUGGAGUUUAGUUAUUUAGUAAUUAGCCACUUCACAGCGGGGAAAACUAAGGGCAGGGGAGAUCAAGGUCACAGCCACAAGAGGGAACAAGUUGGGACUGGGUCUGGUUGAGGAGCACCUGGAGACAGACCCAAACUAUUGGCUGUUCGGUUCUAGAAAGGAAACUGGCAUGUUAUGAUAGCUGAAGUUAUGACUCAUUCUUUGUGAACCCACUUGCACCUUUGAAUGCUGUACUCCAUGCCACAGAUGCAUUUUUCUCUUCCCUCCACCCUGAACCUUCCUGCUAAUUGGAAGCAUCCCCCCUGUUUACUAAGUUCCUAACAGGAUGCUUCAUACCAAAUAAUCAAUCAUGUGAAGUUUCUUAGCCUGUGACACAUCCUAACGUGCCGAGAAAUAAUUCUUAGCUAAGAAAGGGGUACUGAGUCAUCUGGAAAAAUAAACAGUCCUUAGACAUUUAAUGCUCUUGAUGCUUCUGCUGGUAGUUUUGUAACUUCAAACCUUCACUGCUGCCAUAGGGUACAAAAAACCAGUGACUCCACCCAGGAGCGAGGAGGGAGUUCAGAGUUUAAGCAGCACUUUAGGACAUUUUAGAUGUGCCUUUAGCAUAUCUGGCUAUGCUGGUCCUGAUGUUGCUGUCCCUUUGACAGUGUGUGCCUGUGUGUGCCUUGCCAUGAGCCAGCAGACCUCUCCUAUUGGUCUUAUAUAGUGGUGAGGAUGAGCAGACCCAUCCUCUCCAGCCACUAAGGCCACCUUGCCUGCCAGGAAAAUAGAGACAGGUGGCAGUAGCAGCUGGACUCCCCAAGAAGCAUCCAUCAAGGACACCAGAGAGGCUGACUUGCUGCUGCUUGUUUGGGUUUUGUAUGGGGAUCCAAAUACUCAGUGUGAUUCUUGAGGAAGUAGGAGCAGUAUUACCUUCUGGAUUUGAAUUUCAUAUGGGGAGACAGUACACCCAAGAGCAGAACAAGACAAAGGCAGACUGUGGGCUUAAGCAAGUCAACACAGUUGAAUUUGCUCAGAAAUCCAAGCAGCAGCAAGGCCCAGGUAUUGGACUUUGGUUGGCAGAAGAGCUCUAAAUGCCCCAGGGCCUUGCUGUCAUUAGGAUCAUGCAGCUAGGUAAGGAACUGUGGCAUAAACACAGCCUUCUUGGAAUCUCAUUUCAGAGAGGGGACAGUGUGGGAAAGCUCUGAACUCAUUUGGUGAUCUACCCCACAGAAAAGUGACUUUGUUUAGUAAAUAAAUCUAAGCUUUGGCUGUUGCUGUUCUCUUCCAAACCUGCCUGCAUGACAAGCGAGAUGGUUUGCCACACAUUGUGCGCUUUACUCAGGAAAUGCUGCUCAAAGCUGCUGUGGUGUACAUCUCUCAUACUUCUCAUCUUGCUCUCAGGUAACACUUGCUCUGUAGAAAAGCUGCCAAGUAAGCAAAUGAACUGGAGGAAAAAACAAUGAAAGAGGGAGUGAAGAUUUAGGCUGGUCUUGGUUGUAAUAAGAAGAGCUGUGGCAUCGUCUGUCACAAGGCUCUGGUUUGUUACCAGAAUCCACAUGGCUCUCUUGAAUAGACGGUUGGUUUUAUCCUUAACCCAUCUAAGCAGUGCGGUGCUCCAGCGACAGUUCAGUACCACUGGAGCAUGCCGAGCAAUACAGAAACUCACCCGCGUGCGAGUGGUGGACAACAGCGCCUUGGGGAACACGUCCUACCACCGGCCACCAAAAUGUAUCCACGUGUAUAACAAGACCGGAGUUGGCAAAGUAGGAGAUACAAUCCUUCUGGCUAUCAAAGGAGAAAAGAAGAAAGCUUUAAUUGUAGGGCACAAGAUGCCUGGCCCCACCAUGACGCCUAGAUUUGAUUCCAACAAUGUGGUACUCAUAGAAGAUAACGGAAAUCCAAUCGGGACUAGGAUAAAAACACCAAUACCCUAUAUCCUGCGACGGAAAGAAGGCGAGUUCUCCAAAGUAUUGGCCAUUGCCCGCAACUUUGUGUGAAAGCUAAGGGAGUUCUUUAGCAAUCCUGUUAUAUCCUUUCAUACAGUAGAUGUUACUUGAUGUUACAAACUGAUGAAACGUGAAAAAGUUGAGGUUCAUCAAGAGUCUCUCCUUCUAUUUAAGAAUUACAAGCAACUAGUUUAAAUGUUAAAAUAGUUUCUUUUUCUCCAAAAGAAGGUUGAUUUAUUUCACAAAACAUCUGCAGUUUGUUUGGGAAAUGGUCCUUCACCCUUACUGUUCCUGUGGUGUUAAUUUGUCUGUCAUCAUUAAAAUGAGAACAUGAAAAUC